GAGACUUCCUGCGGCGCGUGGAGAGUGGAGGCAGGGGGAGAAGGAAGCAGCAGCAGCAGCAGCAGCAGCUCCAUCCGCUCGCUUCCUUCCCCCACCGCCAGCGUCGCCUCUCCGUGUGCGCGCCCCGCCGGGGGUGGCGUCGCUGCACCUUUGGGCAGCAGGCACCUACGUGCGGGGGGAGCCACACGCCUCCCUCUCGCCUCUUGGCAUGGACGCCGGCGGAGAGAAGUGCGGCGACGCGGCGGCAGAGGGCGGAGACCUCUACGCGGUUCUCGGGCUAAAAAAGGAGUGCUCCGAGGCCGAGCUUAAGGUCGCUUACCGGAAGCUCGCCAAGAAAUGGCACCCGGACAAAUGCUCGUCCUCCAGCAGCGUGAAGCACAUGGAGGAAGCCAAGGAGAAGUUCCAAGAGAUCCAGGGCGCCUAUUCCGCAAACGGAACCGAUCUAGCCUGUUGGUAAACUCAUUGCGUGGAGCCCUUGUGCUCCCAUCCCAUUGUUCUUGUGCAGUACUCUCCGACGCCAAUAAACGGCUCCUCUACGAUGUGGGAGUAUAUGACGAUGAGGACGACGAGGAAAGCAUGCAGGGGAUGGGGGACUUCAUCGGUGAGAUGGCCCAGAUGAUGAGCCAGGCGCAGCCGACGAGGCAAGAAAGCUUUGAGGAGCUGCAGCAGCUUUUUGUGGACAUGUUUCAGUCCGAUAUUGAUUCAGGAUUCUGCAAUAGGACUGCCAAGGCCCAUCAGUUUCAGGGGCCAGCCAAAAGUAGAACAUGCUCGACCUCACCUUCAUCAUCACCGUCCCCUCCUCCUACCACAGCAAAGGAUGCAGAGGUGCCAUCAUGUAAUGGCUUCAAUAAGCGGGGUUCAUCAGCUCUGGACUCAGGGAAGCCUCCAAAGCCUGUUGAAGGUGGUGCAGGUCAGAACCAGGCUGGAUUCUGUUUUGGGGUGAGCGACACGAAGGAAACGCCGAAGCUGCCAGGUCAGAACGCCAGCCGGAGGAGGAACGGCCGGAAACAGAAGCUGUCAUCCAAGCACGAUGUUUCAUCUGAAGAUGAAACGGCGGCCGGUUCGUAGCACACCAGCAGUUUGACCCAUUGGCUUCGGUGAUAUAUCAUUCGUUGGCCCUUGGCUGUGCCUAGGGGCCCUAGUAGCUAGCAGCAGCAGCAGGGACGGCACAUCAUGCCAGCUGCUGUGAUCUGAAGAGGCGUUUAGCUCAUCAUAUGCCUCACCUUAGGCCUGUGGGGGAUUUUCCAUUCAAACUCGUCGAUGAUACUACAUCUUUCUUUCUCCAUCUGUGUCGUUUGUGUUGUAAGACAGUGACUUCUGAAGUCUGAUCGUCUCGGUUCUUUUUAUUAACAUCUGAUAUACGUUACUGCCUGUCUAUAGUAGUUAAAGAUUGUCA